AUGAGAUCAUGUGUAAUUAACUUUACUUUUCCAUUUGAAAAAUUAUUAUUAUUAUUAUUAUUAUUAUUAUUAUUAAUCCCUCCUCCUUCGUAUUCUUUUCCUUCCUUCUUAACUUUCUCCUCCACCUCCUGCUCCUUCUUCUUCUUCUCAUCCUCCCCUAAUCAUUCGUAUUCUUUUUCCUCCAACUCCUGCUCCUCCAGCGCAUCCUGCUCCUCAUUCUUCUUCUUCUUCUUCUUCUUCUUAUUAUUAUUAUUAUUAUACGCAUCCUUCAAUAUGCCUUCGUAUUCUUUUUCCUACUUCUUAUCUUUUCCUUCCCCUCCUCAUUCUUCUUCUUCUUCUCAUUAUUAUUAUUAUUAUUAUUAUUAUUAUUAUUAUUAUUAUUAUUAUUAUUCUCAUCAUCCCCUACGCCUUCGUAUUCUUUUUCCUCCUUCCUGCUCCUCAUUCUUCUUCUUCUUCUUCUUCUUCUUAUUAUUAUUAUUAUUAUUAUUAUUAUUAUUGCGUUGA